UACUUGGAAGAGCACCAAUUGGAGAGUCUGAGAUUGCCUCCUUCCCCCCCGCUGUUCACAGUCUUUUAGCAAACUCCCCAAUCAAUCGCCUCCAGCGCCGCGCCCCUACGACAUGUCUAUAAAUCUUUCUUCCUUCCCCUUCUCUCCCACGUCUCCUCCUCCUCUUUCUCCUGCCCCCCCUCUUCUCCCUUCUUCUUCUUGUGCUCUGUCUUGGGUUGCAAGAAGCCCCUGCUUCUCGCGAGAAGCGCGGCGUCUCGCCGUAUGCCAAAAGAAGCGGAGGAGAGCGGCGGUCUUGGUGUCGGCGUCGGCGAGGAAGAUGACGAUAGAAGAGAUAAAGGAACAGGAGGUCGAGGAAGCGCCGCCGCUGUUGAAGGAUGCCGAGGCCAACUCCAGGCCUCGACGCAUUGCUCUCUUCGUCGAGCCCUCUCCCUUCGCGUCCGUAUUUCCGCCCUCCCUCUUUCUUUGAUUUUUUUUUCUUUGAUGCUUGAUGACUGCUGCUGUGCUGGAAAUAUACUGCUGGAGGAGCUGCUGGUGAUGUGCCAGGUGGAGACGGCGGCGGGGCUGGCGGAGAUCGAGGCGAUCGCCGGCGUCGAGGGGGUCGACGUGGUGCAGAUGGAGCCGCUGGAUCUGAGCGCGAGGAUGGGAUCCUAGGAAUCGGAAGGUGAGGGAUGCGAUGAAGGAUAUCAUAUGAAGAUGAGAAGGAUAUCUGUGGGAUCCUAGGAAUCGGGCGGAGAAUGUGAAGAUGCACUACAAGAAAAUGUGUGUUCGUUUAAUGCUUUCUGAAGAGAUCUCGCUUGUUACUUGCCCUCCAGAUUAUGUAUAUAAUAAGUUUACAAGGCCUUCUAGUGUUCUUGAAGGAGCUUAUGUUCAGUGGGAAAUUGAGCUACUUGGCUUUGAAAUGCCUAAGAUUCUUUUGACAGAGGAAAUCUCUAGGUCUCCGCGUGAGCUGAAGGGAUGUUGCACUCUUGCAAGGGAUCGUUUCAAAAGCCUUGAGAAACGGGGUUUACUUGUCCCAAAAGCUAAAAGGAGCAGAAAGAAGUAGACAUUGUUUAUGGCCGGAUCACAUGGAAUACAGUGGAUAUGCAAUGGAGGGGCCUGCUCAAGUGAAGCAUGAGAUUUUGGUUCUUACCUUCUCGGUCAAUGUAAUAUCUGAUUUCCUUCCUGAGUACUGUUAGAAGCAAUAUGCAACAGUGGAUGGUGGAAUUUGAGUACGCUUCAGGUCUGAUGAA